AUGAGUGUAACCGAACUGUGCAAACGUAUUGCUGCCGCUGAAGAGUUUGUGGUAGAUAAGGAGUCUUUAUUGGGGUUAGAUAAGGUCGCAAUUGGGUCGGCUAGUGAUUAUAAGACUGUAGCAGAGUCUCUGGUUUACGCCUAUUGGGGUUUGCCCAAGCGAGAACAGCAGGAGGAAUGGAUUGAGAUAGUCUUAGAGCAAAUCGGCCAACGGGAAGACGGUUGGGUGUUUAUUAAGGCCUGGCUAGCUAGUAUUAGAGAGAAAUGGAGUAAGAUUGGUAUUAGAAGAGAGAAGAAGUUUGAGCUGCUGGUGAAACAAGUGGUGGCCUGGAGUUGCAAGCAGUAUACGAUUGACUUGGAAGAAUGGGUGGUUAGAGGCCCGGGUUCUAAAUACGACGUAGCAGCUAUGGGUACAGUGCUGGCUUCAAAAUCAGUGCUAAAUGAUAAAGAGGUUGUUUAUUUGGUGAACUACUUUAUAGCCCAGGGAGAUACGUACUUCCGUGAAUUCUUCCGGGCUAAAGUACUACCAGUACUGAAAAAGCAAGGCAUUGAUCAAACUGUAGCUGAGCUGGCCUAUGAAGCAGGGAACAAUCCAAAGGCAUCGUUGCGAAUGCGAGAGUUGUUGCAUAAGGUAUACUUGUGCGGCCGGGAAUCGGGUAAAGAUUAA